AUGCUUCGGUUUGAGGACUGUUUUUGGGGCACGGGUGAAGACCCUACACUGGGUGUACGGACACUGCACACAGUGUUUAUGCAGCACCUGGCAGAAGCCGAAGACAUGCUCGCUCUCGUACGAGCUAGAGUGACAAUGGAAGAAACGUAUGCGUCAAAUCUAUUGGAGUUGGGACGGCACAGUGGGUCUGGAUCGGGUGGGACGUCUGAAAAGGAGUUACGACGGUACUCUCGUGCGUCGACACCUGCCAUUGCCGCGGGGACAAUGACCGGCUUGGCGGGUGAAAAGAGUAAACUGAGUUUGAACCAGAUUGCGCAGGGGUUGGGGAAUGCAGCCGCUAUGUUGCAAUCUGCUGCUGUGUCCAGUCGGUUAUCGAGACCCACCAGCUGGAACAUGGUUGCCGAGCCCGAGAGCGAUACAAGCACCAUUGGACCUAUUGACGAUCAAUCUUCUAUUCGCCCCGUCAUUCGAACUAUCCGAGAGCAGAAUGUCGCUAUGGCUGCUAUUCAUCGCCGACAUGCCGAUACACUCACUCUAGCUGUCAUAUCCCCCCUCCAAGCCUUUGUCGAGCAACACAAGAGAGCGAUGACAAAGAAGAAAAAUGAAGUAGACCUCAACCACCAGCAGCUCUCCCGUCUUGCAGCAGACAUUGAAGCGAGGAGGACAGUGUACCUCCAAAAGUGCCGGAUAGCAGAGGAAGAAGACCGCAAAUUCCGCGAAGACGGCGAAACACGAGCGCGGCGCGUCUCGACGGCGCCCAUCAUGAUUGGCAGUCGAUCGGUCGGACCCAACGAGUUUACCACUAUUGUCGAGCAAAUGCGAAAGGAAGUCAAAAUCAAGAGCAUCAUGACCGAUCUCGGAUUGUUUGAAGGUUGUUUUAUGGGUGACGAUGCGAUCGAGUACCUCCGCAAACGCUACCCAGGCGUUCCACGGGGGGACUUGCGCAACGUGUGCCAGGAAAUCCUGGAUAGAAGACUUAUCACUGUCGUAGUGGGCCCGAAUGACUCUGAUUUCGACAGAGCCUUGCCUUACCAGUUUGGCCGUCCGCUACUGAAAACGGGUGAACCUCCUCACGUCAAAGCCCGCAAAGACGCGGAAAUGGCACGAUUGGAUUACGAUGCAGCUAUCAAGACUGCCGAACACACGCGAUCGGCACUCGAAUUCCAUAUUACGGAUUACCUCAUAGCGGCGCAGGACGCUGAGAAGUAUCGCCUCAAAGUCAUCAAAGAAGCGGUACUAGCCUUGGAAUCAGCUCAAGUAUUCGUGGUUGAUGAAGUGCGCACAACUUGGAGACCACCUUCACUGGAGGAUGCCGCCGAUCCCAUGUCCCCUACUUCCCUGCUCAACUCUCCGGACCCGGAGACAGGCGUCCAAUACAUUGCAACCCGUUACCGCACCGGACACCUCCGUUCCAAGCCCUUUGUCUUUGAAUCCUACAAAACAGGUCGUGCUCCCCACCAAGUGUUCGGCAUUGGGUUCGAAGAGCUCUUCCGCGCUACAAACACGGCUGUCCCCCCCAUUGUCCGCAAAUGCGUGGGGUCAUUAUACGAAAGCUUUGUCAAUGGCCGGUCGGCGGUUGAUACAUGGAUUACACCUAACCCUGAUUUGCCGUCUGUCCAGUUUUUACGGAUGGAGUUUAAUUCGUCGCCCAAAGGUGGCAGAGUCAGUUCUCGGACGUUGAAGAGGUAUCAACCUCAGGUUGUUGCCGGGGUGCUGAAGCUUUAUUUGGUGGAGGCUCCUGCCAGUUUGUGCAGUUAUGAUACCUAUGAAACCUUGAAGAUGCUUUAUUCGGAUGGCUUUCAAUCGUUUGACGAUGACGUGCGGAUCAAAUCUGUCACGUCCCUUCUUACAACACUCUCACCACCCCACUUUGACAGUCUCAAGUUCUUUACCGGUUACCUCCACGAACUCACGAAAGAUCUCGACGACAAUGACGAUCGCAUCAUCCGACUGGCUUAUUCUCUGGCGCCUUGCAUUCUCCGUCCCAAAACAGAGACGCCCGAAACCCUCCAAGACCAGCAUCCUUGGCGCUUCACCCUCGAACUCAUGGUUCGAUAUACAGACUUCUUUGGGCCCGUGGACAAGACGGCGUUGAUGGAAGGUGCCCUGGAACCCUCGCCGCCUCCAUCGCCUGAGCCCGAUAUGGAUGGUGAUGAUUUGGCGAGUGACAUUGGCUCGCCAAGGAGCGUGGUCCAGGGAUUGAAAGUUAAGGGAUUAGGUGAGCUUGCGACAAAGGGGAUGAAUUCUCCGCCUGCUACACCGCCUUUGAGGGAACCCAGCACACCGAAAGGGACGGGAUCAUGGUUCCCGUGGCCGUUAAGUGGGAAUGCUACAUCGAACGGCUCGGGACCCUCAUCUCCUCUGACUGGAGCACCCCAGACUCCCACCGGUGCGGAGAGUCCUGAUUCGGAUAAGUUGAAACCCGUGUCGAGCGACCAGCAGAAUCGAGAUGAAGUAGCAGGCAAAGAGAUCAAGGAGGCUCGCCGGGCAUCUCGACUGGAGGACCGAUUGGCUGGCAUUUUAGCCAAAGCCAAGGCGCGUUCCGUAGCGGUACCUGUUCCCACUAGUGAACCCGCAUCACCGAUCCCUGCAAGCUCGUCAACUCCAGAACCUACUCAAUCCGACGCACACAAAUCCGCCACCCCGAGUUCCCCACCCGUGGAAACCACCUGGACAUCCCUCAAAGGUCUUCUUGGUAAAUCCAAACGCUCUUCAAACACCUCCAGCUCCUCCUCCGGCCGCCAAACACCUGACCGCCCAAUAUCUCCAGCCACGACGGCUCCCGCCGUGGCUAUCACACCCUCCGCUGCAGCCAAACUCUACGACCUCGAGCGCGUGGAUACCGCCACACCCCCGAUAUCCGCAGUUUCUACGACGGAGUUGCUCUACCGAGGCGCUCCGACCCCCGUGCCGCAGGACGAUACACCCCUGUUGGUUGAGCCGCCAAAGCAACCCGAGAACCAGGACCAGGACACUCAGAAAACGUAUGUCACAUCGGUUGCGUCGGCCGCUGCAUCCUUUUUGGGAAGUGUCGUUGGGGGGAUGGGUAUGGCCGGUGGGUUGAAUCAGAAACAGGACGAGGAGGAAUCGGAUAUACCAUCUGCACAGGAUGGGGAAAUCAGCCGGGAACUCGACGAUGUCCACGCAGAAGACGAAGAGGAAGAGGAACAAGCCGAGCACUCUGCCAUCCAUACCACGCCAACACCUUAUGACCACGUCCUCAACUCUGACCACGCCACCGACUACGACUCCCAUUCCCACUAUGAAGACGGUGGAGAUGAAACAUCCGAUGAUGAGGAGGAAGAGGAGGAGGAGGAGGAAGAAGAAGAGGACGCAGCUCAAGGAACGUACGACUCUAUGGAAGGCUACGACGAAACUGAAGUCGUGAUUGUUGAAGAAGACGACCACUCGGAGCAUCAUGGCGAUGUGGAUGAAGAUGACCGAGAAGAAGACGAUUAUGUAGAAAUGAGGGAACACAUGUUCCCUGCUAGUGCUCAGGAUUUGAACGAGUACCUCCAGUGGGGUUGAGGUACAUAGAAUAGAUAGGGGAGGUUGUACGUAGGGUAAAACUGUUGGUGAGGACAUUACCUAGUAGCAUAGAUUAUUAGUGUAGAAGAGUUUGGGUUAGUCUGCUAUUUUGAUAAGAUAGAAUAUAUUCUAAGAUUUGUAUAUUCCGGUAUAGAGAACAUCCGAUUUUUAAAAAUAUGUGCCUGCAUAGAAAUUCCU